GGAAAUUGUUUUGUUCGCAGCCAGCCUGCGUGUGUGCGGUUUGAUAUCUUUCUCUUCUUACUCUUUUGUCCUCUGAGGGCUUUGCCAGUGCAAUUCUCUGCAAGAUUACGUCGGUGCUGGUCGCCUACCUUUGUGUUCAAGCAGACCUAUACGCUCUUUUCUCAUGGCCAUCGCUGUACCUCUUCCACAGAUAUCCAUAUCUCCCGCACCGCCCCAGGAGGUAUCUGAAGAGCCUUUCUCUCCCUUUGCAUGGGUUACGGGGCCCCCUAAUAGCGAGAAAGAUACCUUCAGGCCCAGGCAUCUCACCCCCCCACCAGUCAACGGACAUUUCGUCAGGCAAUUGUCCCCACUUCGACCUCCGGAGGCGCCAGUGACAGGAAAGGGUCUGGAGCGUGGCCGCUUUGAAGCAUUGCUAAGGGCAUCGAGGGAGAGGAACACAGCUGCAAGUGCGAAGAAGACCGACCUUCGUAAGGAAGUUGCCCUUAAGGCACAUAGGAACAAGCAAUUUGAACGCCGGGCGCUCUUUCUGUCUAAGGUCCUUGCGCCGCCAUCGCCUACGGCGACAUCUCUUCCAAAGACACCACCAGAGUCUCCCGCCAUUUUCCAUUAUUCGCUCCCUUCUCCCGGUCUUGUAUCACCCCUUGCACUCUUUGAUUCCUUAAAUCACGAUAAAUCCGGGACUGGUCCCCUGACGUAUCCAAGAGAACCUUGGAUUGAACAGGUGGAUUUUCGACUUCCGAGCUCACCUAAGGAUGGCCCCAUGAGCAGCAAACCUCCCACGAUUGCUAUUCACGAACCUCAACCCCCCAAGUCUUUACCAUCUUUAGACCAGAUAUCUGCCCGUCUCAGCACCCAGAGGCAUGCCAGCUCCGAGGGCCAUUCCACCGGUCGUGCUACAAGGCUCCCUGCCUUUUUGACUCAGCCGCGCCAAUCUGCUAUCGCCCCCGAACGUCCCAUAUUGUCUGUUGGUAGACUUCAGAUUCCAGUCAACAACUCCCGACCAUCGUUCACUGAGCCAAAGAAUUCCCUCCCGCCUGCAUCUCCCCGCUCUACCGCUCUCGAGGUCAAGACCAUUCGGGUUCCACGCACGGCGCGCAUGUCCCGAACACAGCUCUCCGAGUCCAAUCUUCUUGCUCUAGAUUCGCGGGAGCGUCGAGCGAAGGACAUGCUUUCCACCCUUCGCCGUCGGACGCUACCAACGGAGCUUUCCCUCAACGCGCAAGAGAUGGAUUCAGAGGAAAGAAAGUGGAGACGCCACAGUGCUCCUGCUGACCUGACCCCAAGCAAACCCAGGUCUGGUUUCGAGCACCCUGUUCUUCUCUUACCAGGCGGAUUCUAGGACUCUUUUUCAGAGAUGUAUCUACUACGUUCUUUAUCUCACCUUUAUCUUUGUUCUUUGGGAUUUCGAAGAGUCCCCCAGCUUUAUUUCCCUUUUCUUCUCUUUUCGCACAUUGUAUGAUAUUACACCCAUCUUCGUUGUUGUGUUUCUACUUACUCUUUAUUUGACUAUUCCUUGUGACGAGCUUGUAUCCUCUCGCAGAUGAACAUUCGUUACCCCUCUUAUCGAUGACAUGUGGACAGGACUGUUAUUCAUGUUACCUGGUACUUAGCAGGCCGCGGCGCCUAUGUACUGCUGAACUGGUGUUGUACUGGUUUAUGGGCAGGUCCUAGUAUUAUUAAUACAGAAUAGAAUUGUCCAAUGCAACAUGAUGUUUCUACAUUCGUCAAGC